CCCUUGAGCCUUAGUACAGUUGAAGUCGCAAAGACCUGAAAAUGGGUCUGAAAUUUUCAGUAACCUGUGGGCUCUUCGAGCUGAUGCUAUUGACCCUGUUUGCUGUUCUGGUUAAAUAUGGGGAGCGUGCUAUGCCCCCAUGGCGACGAAUAAGCCAGGACGUAAACAAAAGCUCUGAAGUACACGUUCACACGGGUUCUGAGAAUGAUGUGCCGAUUCUCUAUCCUUUCUUUCAGGAUGUUAACGUUAUCGUCUUUUUUGGCGUUGGUUUAUUGAUGACCUUCCUAAAGAAGUAUGGUUAUAGUGGUGUGGGAUACAAUUUCUUCAUCGCUGCCCUCCUUUCCCAAUGGGGUGCAAUUGUAAAUGGCUGUUUUAAUCAGAUUUACAUCGAUGGAAAAGACCACAUUGAAAUUGGUCUAAGAAGUUUGAUAAGCGCGGAGUAUGCCGCCGUUACUGUCCUCAUCAGCUUUGGAGUGGUCUUGGGAAAAGUGAGCCGCCUGCAACUACUUGUCAUCGGUAUCCUGGACAUAUUAUUCUAUGCCGUCAAUAAUUUGUUGGCAGUCAAAUAUCUGAAGUACUCCGACGCAGGAGGGUCCAUAUUCUUGCAUGCGUUUGCGGCGUAUUUCGGUUUAGCCUUGUCCUGGAUACUUUACAAUGAAAAUUCUUUGGACAAUUAUAAUGAAGGAUCCAGUUACCAUUCAGAUAUUUCUGCUAUGAUUGGUAAGAUAUCAUUCUUAGCCAAGUCUCUCAAAAUCCAUGACACAUGCGGUGUGCACAACUUGCAUGGAAUUCCGGGAAUUUUCGGUGGCAUUGCGGGCGCAGUUAUUACUGCGCUUGCACAAGUUGACUCAUACGGAUACGAAGGUCUAUUCAGUGUGUGGGGUGCGCGAGCUCCGAAGAUGAACUCAAUUGAAUACUGGGAGCUGAAGAAUAUGAGUGUGAAGUUUGAUGUGGGAGAUGAACGCUCAGCCUUUGUUCAGGCUGGUUACCAGGUCGCUGGUAUUAUGGUUACUUUAGCCAUCUCUAUCUUUGGAGGAAUUGUGACUGGUUUGAUUGUUAAAAGAGAGAUCUUUGAUCCACCAGCUGAAGAACAACUGUUCGAUGAUGAGGAUUUUUGGGUGCUCCCACAGAAACAUAUUGAGGGAUACGAAAACAUUGAUUGAAUCAAGAUGAGCCGGCUGUAACUCUUGCUCUGGGGCGCUUUGCCUAUCAAUAUUCAUUAGUUACAUUGAUUUUGUGUAACUAGACAAUUACUAUUUGAAUUUUUAUCUUGUGUAUUACAAUUUGAUUUUUGUAGUUUUGACUUCCCUUAUGUAAGACAAUCAAGAACAUGUUAAUAUGUCUAACUGUUAAGUUUUCCUUUUUUUUCUGAAUCUUUCGAACGUCAAUAAGAGUGUUUGCUAUGGAGCUUUGUAAAAUACAGUGCUAUCUUUUCUGUUUCA